AUGGUGAACGGGACCGCCGUGCUGGAGCCCACUUUCACCGGCUACGUCGCAACCACUCAAGAUGCUCUCCUGCUCUUUGAAGCAUGUCUGACCGGCGUGCUACAUCACGUUCCACGCCGUCCCCACGACCGGGAACGCAGUCAUCUCGUCCGCAGUGGAAGCGUCUUUAUCUAUGAGGAGAACUCCUCCGGCAUCAAGCGGUGGACCGAUGGCGUUACCUGGAGUCCGAGUCGCAUCCUUGGCAACUUCCUCGUCUACCGCGAGCUGGAUAAGCCAUUCCCCCCGGGCGAGAAGAAGCGCGCCAUGAAGAAGGCCACUCGACGGCCCAUGCCCACCGGCCGGCCCGGGGAGCCCUAUGCGCGACACGACAGCCAAAGCUACUCACCCACCUCUCCCAGUCAAGCGUUCCCGGACCGUCCCCAGUCCGAGCUCGAGCGUGCCUUGGUAGGGUCACUGGUGGAUUCGUACGGGUUCAAGGAUUCUGGUCUCGUCAAGAAGACGAUGAGUGUCACGGUCAUGGGUAUCACUCAUCAUCUGGUCUCAUACUAUAGUGUGGACGACGUAAUCCGCGGAGUGCUCAGCCCGCCGUCUGUGGUGGAGAACCUACGCUACAUCCGCCCUCGAACCGAACUUACUCAAAAGCAAAGCUUCCGGUCUCCCAUCGAUGAGCUCGAAGCCACCAACGCCGUCGAAAACCAAGAGCCCUCCCACGCCGCUCUUUAUGGAUAUCGCCCGCAGAUGAUGGCUCCUCCGAGCUAUCCCAUGCAGAAUCCCGCAAGUGAUUUCUACAUGCAUCCCAGUCCUUACGCCGCCACCCACGCCACCCAACCCGGUCCCAUAUCGGGCUACUCGAUGGGCGCCCCGAUGGCUGGUCAGCCAGCCCAAAACCCAUAUUUACCCUCGCCCGCGACCGCCAUCCCACAUAAAGAGGAUUACCACAGCAUUCCACCCAAGCAGGAGGAUUACCACGCUUUCCGAGCGGGGCCCUAUGGCGGUAGCAUGGACUCGAUGAGCGCACACAGCAUGUCCUCCUCGAUCCCAGGCAUGAACACGGGGCUACCGAGCUCCCUGAGUGAUCGCAACCGCUCAAGCUCUGACCACAGUCCCUCCGCCUACCGCAAUUCCUCCAUCUCCUCCCGCAGCCAGGCCACGGACGCUACUUCCCCCAUGGAUCCUUCAACACCGGGCAACUACUCCCGUGGCAGCUUCAGCAUUCCCGGUCAAUUGGAGACCCAGCAUCCCCUCGAGCGCAACAUGCCGCUCGACCCGAGCAUGCCCCGCCGGGAGUCCAACCCCAUCCACCCGUACUACGCGCCGGAUCGCUCGCAAUACUACGUGCCCGCGCCGUACGCGGGCACCCAACCCAUGUCGACGUGGACGACUACUGCCGCGACUCAGCCACAGAUGGCGCAGCCGCAAAUCUGA